AUGGCCGGAGCCGAAACUCUCUGGCGGAGAGAGGCAGUGUUCUUGACGGCGAUGCUUGCGUCUGAAACUGGUAUUGUCGGUAUGAAUACUCUGUUUAAAGCAGCGACUUCAAAGGGACUCAACUCUUACGCUUUCCUCGGCUACUCUUAUCUUCUUGCUUCUCUUCUUCUUCUUCCUUUUCCUUUCUUCUCCUACAGGUCAAGAUCACUUCCUCCAUUAAGUUUCUCAAUACUAUGCGUUAAAUACAGCAACCCAACCCUAGCCUCCGCCAUUGGCAAUAUCACUCCUGCUCUUACCUUCAUCCUCGCCGUUAUCUUCAGAAUGGAAAAAGUAACUUUUAAAGAAAAGAGCAGUGUAGCCAAAGUGAUGGGGACAGUACUGUCAUUAGUUGGCGCACUAGUGGUGGUACUCUACCACGGUCCACGUGUCUUUGUCGCAUCUUCUCCGCCGUAUCUAAACUUCCGUUCUCCGGCGUUAUCAUCUUCAAACUCCGACUGGAUCAUUGGUGGAUGUCUUCUUACCAUUAAAGACAUCUUCGUUUCUGUUUCUUUCAUCCUACAGGCACAUGUAAUGACUGAAUAUCCGGCACCAUUUACAGUCUCCUUUUUCUAUAGUCUGUGUGUUUCAAUCUUGACCUUGUUGACUGGACUCGUAAUCGAGAAGAACAAUCCAAGCAUUUGGAUCAUUCGAUUCGAUAUAACUUUGAUAAGCAUUGUAUCUAUGGGAAUAUUCACUCCAGUAAACUACGUGAUUCAUUCAUGGACAGCACGUUACAAAGGGCCUCUUUACUUAGCGAUCUUUAAGCCAUUGUCGAUUUUAAUAGCAGUGGUUAUGAGCGCGAAUUUUCUCGGCGAUUCUCUCUAUCUCGGAUGUUUGAUCGGAGGAGUCUUGAUAACGUUAGGGUUUUACGCUGUGAUGUGGGGAAAAGCUAAUGAAGAGAAGACUCGGUUACUGUCACUUGUAGAAAAAGAGAAAACCCCUCUUCUGUUGAACCACAACCACGACCAACUUUAG